AUGUCAAUCCUUUCAAGCCAGAAAAACAUGGGGAGUACUAGUCCAUUUUUCCAUGAAUUAAAGAAGCAAGCUUCUUCCUUUAUCAAGGACAAGAUCAAAACCGCUCGUCUGGCUCUAACUGAUGUAACACCUGCACAACUAAUGACAGAAGAUGCCACAAAUGGGAACACGUGGCCACCAGACACACGUGCCAUAGGAGUGAUAUCAAGGGCUGCUUUUGAAGUUGAUGAUUAUUGGAGGAUUGUGGAGAUUCUGCACAGCAGGUUAUUGAACUUUGAUAGAAACAACUGGAGAGGACCUUACAAGGCUCUAAUUUUAUUGGAACACCUUUUAACUCAUGGACCACUCAGAGUUUCUGAGGAGUUUAAGGAUGAUAUAGAUGUCAUCAAGGAGAUGGGAAAUUUUCAGUAUAUAGAUGAGAAAGGGUUCAACUGGGGGUUGCGCGUUAAUAAGUUGUGCGACAGGGUGUUGAAGCUUAUCAAAAACUCGGUGUUUCUCGAUGAAGAAAGAGCAAGAGCUCGUAAUUUGACUCGAGGAAUCGAAGGAUUCGGGAGCUUCAUCCAGCGUUCGUCUGCCAUUGACAAAGGCUUUCCUUCUAAAGCAUAUGGCAGGUGUAAUUCUUACUAUGAUGAUCAUCUAAAUGAGGAGAACAGGUUAACGCAAGAGAGUGGCAAGGAAAGGAACUCACAAUUCGUGAAGGAAGAAGAGGUUUCGGAAUCUUGGCUAAGCACAGGAGAUGGGAAUCCCAGAGGAAAUCACCCAUUUUGUGAUCAUGAACAUCAGAUAAAAUCCCUACUUUCUUCUGGGAUAUAG